CAUAUUCUCUCUUUUCCUCUCCCUCUUUCUCUUCUUUCUAUUUUAUAUAACAUAAACCACAAUUCACCAACACUAUAACCUAUCUCAAACCCAUUUUUUUAUUCCUUCUUCCAACACUUUUUAUUCCAAUACUUUAUAUUCCCUUCAACUCUCUUCAUUUUCUAGAAAAAAUAAUAAUUAAUAUGGUGGUGGUGGCAUCUCCAAACUCAAUGAUAGGUGAAAAGAUUUUACCUAUUGACCUACCAAUGAUAGACCUAUCAGCUGAAAGAUCAAUGGUUAUGAAACGCAUAGUGAAAGCUUGUGAAGAAUAUGGCUUUUUCAAUGUGAUUAACCAUGGUGUCCCUUAUGACAUCAUAUCAAAAAUGGAAGAAGUAGGUUUUGAUUUCUUUGCAAAACCAAUGGAACAAAAGAAGCUAGUUGCACUUGAUAAACCUUUUGGUUAUGGUUGCAAGAAUAUAGGCUUCAAUGGAGACAUGGGUGAGGUUGAGUAUCUUCUUCUCAAUGCCAAUGUUCCUUCUAUUCCCAAUGAUUCAUCAAACUUCAGCUCUAUUGUAAGGGCAUACACAGAAGCUGUAAAAGAGCUGGCAUGUGAGAUAUUGGUGCUAAUGGCAGAAGGAUUGGGGGUCCCUAACACAUCCAUUUUCACCACAUUCAUCACUCAACUUGAUAACGACUCUAUCCUUAGGUUCAAUCACUAUCCUCCUAAAAACUCCAAAGAUAGAGACAACUCUCAUUCCUAUAACGUUGCCUUUGGUGAACAUUCUGACCCUCAGAUUCUUACUAUCCUUAGAUCCAACGCUGUUCCUGGUCUACAAAUUUCUCUUCAACAUGGUGUCUGGAACCCUGUUGUUCCUGACCCCUCUGCCUUUUGUGUAAAUGUUGGUGAUCUUCUUCAGGUUAUGACAAAUGGAAGAUUUGUAAGCGUGAGACAUAGGGCCGUGACCAACUCAUACAAGUGUAGAAUGUCGGUAGCAUAUUUUGUGGCUCCACCACUUGAUGCAUGCAUUGUUGCUCCCUCAGUUAUGGUUACACCAAACAGGCCCUCCCUUCUCUUCAAACCAUUCACUUGGGAAGAGUACAAGAAAGUCACAUACUCACUAAGGCUUGGAGACACUCGCAUUCAUCUUUUCAGAAAUUGUACACAAUUAGAGUAAUAUUGCAUGAGGUGUCUAAAGCUUGUUUGGUGCCAAUACAAGAGUGUAAAGCCUUUUUUAUUUUAUGUUCCCCUUAUUAGGUGGUAUAUACUUUGCUAAGAUGUGCCAACAAAUUUUGUAUUGUGGUUAAUGGAAUUCUGAAACUUUAUUACUUUGCAUAGA